ACCAGCCACCCUACUUCCAGUGCAAGACAAUCUUCCUAAAAGCUGCAUGCUUCUCAACAGAAGGAUGGAAAAAAGGUCUCGAAGCUCCCCCAAUGAGUCUCACAGAAGAAGCAAAGAGUCCCCAGCUAUGCAUGGCAAAAGGGACAAGAUGGAAAGCAGCAGAGAAGCCAGCAGAGAAAGAGGGGAGUCCAAAAGAGGGAAAACAAAGGAGACCAGGAAGGAGGGCCAGAGCACUGUGGGGGCAUCCAACAGAGUUCAGUCUUCCACAGUGGUGGACGUGGACGAGGUGGUGUCUUUCGAUGAUGAAAUGGAGGUGCUGGCACUGCUGGAAAGUGAGCGACAAGAGGAAGGUAUAAAGUCUUCAGGUCUCGGUAUCUGUGAGUGGCUUCUUACCAUCCUAUCCCUUCUCUUCAUCAUCAUGACCUUCCCCAUCUCCAUCUGGUUUUGCAUGAAGGUUGUGCAGGAGUACGAGAGAGCCAUUGUGUUCCGAUUUGGACGUCUCCUUCCUGGAAGAGCCAGAGGGCCCGGCCUCUUCUUCUUCCUUCCCUGUCUGGAUACAUACCACAAGGUAGACCUUCGCCUCAGAACCUUAGAGAUCCCCUUCCAUGAGGUGGUGACCAAAGAUAUGGUUACAUUGGAAAUAGAUGCCAUCUGUUUCUACCGCAUGGAGAAUGCUUCUCUCCUCCUAACCACUCUGGUCAACAUCUCCAGUACUGUCCGGCUGCUGGUACAGACAACCAUGAAGCGCUUGCUGGCACAUCGGUCUUUCACUGAACUCCUCCUGGAGAAGAAGAGCAUUGGUCAGGAAAUAAAGGUAGCUUUGGAUGCAGUCACAUGUCGCUGGGGGAUCAAGUUGGAGAGAACAGAAAUCAAUCAUGUGCGGCUGCCAGCUGAACUCCAGCAGUCCUUGGCAGCAGAAGCAGAGGCUCAGAGACAUGCCAAAGUACGGGUGAUAGCUGCUGAGGGAGAAAAGGCUGCCUCUGAAUCCCUGAGGAUGGCAGCUGAAAUCCUGUCCAGCACCCCAGCUGCAGCUCAGCUCCGCUACCUCCACACGUUGCAAGCCCUAACUACAGAGAGACCAUCCACUGUCGUUCUGCCUUUGCCCUUUGACCUGAUGAAUCUUGGGUCUGCAGCCAGCCACAGAUGCACAGCCAGCCUUUCUGAUAACACUGCAAACCACCCAGAGCCUCAGGAGGACAAGAAGGACUCCCCCAUGCUGUAGAGCCUUCCUGGAAAAAGCUGGAGCUCAAGUGGGGCUGCUGCACCUGUAGCCAUGUUACACAGUCACUCACAAGAGCAAUGAACUGCCUGCCUCCAUGUCGGUAUAAACUGUGGUAGCGCUGGGACAGAAAGCACACAAGGGCUUGUAAUACAAAGUAUGUUAGACAGAAGAGGACUUAAGUUUGCUUGGAAAAGUAUUCCAGAUCUUAAGUGUGCAGGGGCUGGGGCUGGAGCUGCAAGAGCAGGUAUGGUAGGGACUGUUGCCUCUGAACUUUCCCAUUUUAUUUCUUCUAUCACCAAGCCACAGUGAACAGUGAGAGAAUGAUAUUUUAUGCCCACACAAGCCUGACCCCUAGGGACAGGUCUAUCCUUCCAUGGAUGUUGGGUGGAAAGAGAAACUGGUGUUUAUUUUGAAAGGCCCCAAAUAUCUAAUGUUCAUUUCCCAACCUUUGUGGUAAGAUCCAUGGGGAAUACUUUUCCCUGCAAAAGCCAGGUGCCUGGGAUAAGCAGAAGCAUAAACUGACACCCUGUACAAUACAUCCAGCAGGACAUUUGGUUUUCACAAAGUUCCAUACCCUCAUCCAGCUCUGGGGAGUUUCUUGCUGUAUCACUCAUUGUCUGUGGGGCAGCUUUUUGAACUGGCAGUGAGAGCUGUUCAGUGCAAGUAUGACUGAAUUGGGAAGUGGAGCUGGAGCAAGAAUUGUGGGAAGUUCAUAGGCAUCUCCUGGCCCUUCCCAGCCCCACCAAGUCCAGACUCCAUUUGUUGUGUUCUAGGAUGAUGUGUCAAAAUAUGGAACAUAGUUGGUCCAGGGACAGCAAAUGAAUAGUGUCAUGGAAAUAAACAUUUGGGAACUUGCUGUUUGUGUUAAUUAGCUCAGGGCACAUCUACUUGAUCAGUUGCCAAAGGCUUGUGUGAGAAGCACAUAAGGACAUGCCGGUACUCCUCCUGGUUCAGGGAUGGAUGUAGAGCAUGGCUAUAGACGGGGGCUCCCAGCCUGGAACCAAGCUGUCAUAUCCCAGCCAAGCUGUACUGCUGUCCCAGUGGGAGUUACCUAAAGGACCCAACAGACCUGUGUCCUUGAUGACAGGCUGGAGACAGCUCAGUUUCCUGACCCUCCCCACAACACACACAGACACAGGCUGGCCUUGGAGACUUUUAGCUUCUCAGUCUUGUGUGUGAAUGGAACAAAUCAGAGGAUGCAGAGGGUCAGAGAAAGAAAAGUGUGGCAAAGAAGUUAG